AUGGAAUCUUCAUCUCAUCUUUCAUUAGAGACAAAUCAAUCUUCUAUUCAAGGAUGCUUAACACCUCCUCGAUCACAUACUACAUAUGAAUCAUCGUCAACUAAUCUAUCAUUUUCUCAACUUUUUCAUCAAUCAAAAAUUUUAACAAGUGCUGAAUUAAAACGACGUUUUUCUCCUAUAAAAUCAUCUAUAAAAAAACGUCGACAUAAUUUUAUUAGAAAAAAUGAUUGUAUUGUACCAUUAAAACAAAAUCUUAAUAUGCCUGUAAUAUUAGAAAAAUUAUUUGAUUAUAAAGAUGAUUUAUCAAAUAAAUCUAUACAUGAAGAUGAUUGUCUAGUUCCAAUAUUAUGUUCAAAUUAUUCUCUUCUAUCAUCAAAAAUAAUUCAUUCUCAACCUAUAUUUGAUUGUUUUAAAUCUAAUUCAUUUAAAACUAAACAAGAAAAUUUCUUCUCAAUAUCGGAAACAACUAUGAAACAAAAAUUUCAAACAUUAUUACAAAAAAAAUGA